ACAAAAGGACGCACGGAAGAGCAACAGCAAGUCGCUCAGCUGCACGAGGAAGUGCUGAGAGAGCAGGUCAAAAAUUGUGAGAGAAUCAUGGCGGACUACUACUACGAGGCAAGGAAGCAUGAUAAAUGGCUUCGGAAGCACGCCAAGGAAAACAAGGCGCGCAAGGAACGAAUGAAGCAAUUUCAACGGGCUCACAGCCGCGACCAUCACCAGUCGCUCAUCAUCGAGGGGAGGCCCUGCAAGCUCUACAGAGACCCGGCGGCAGGAGCGGUGGUAGAAGGCGCCCUCAUGCCCUGGAACGGCCGGCGCGAUGUCCUGAUCGACAGGUUCGACGCCCGAGCCGUGCUGGACAUGGUCCCGCUGUCGCCGAAGGAUACUGGAGACCACCGCGAGAAGAAAGGUCUCGAGACCUUCCUUAGCUUCGAGCGGUACCGCGGGAUCGUGGACGCCCAGCGGGUGGGCUUGGGCGAGAAGGAGCACGCGCUUGCCGUAUCGAAGCAGGUGGAGGAGAAGCUAUCGGACAUCGCGAGGUUUAAGAAGGGCGAGCCAGACGCGGCGGAACUCGCGGCGGCCAAGGAGGCCCAGGACAAGCGCAACAAGAAGGCUGAAACCAAGGCCGCCAUCAAGGAGGCCAAGAACGCCGGGGUGCACGGGCACUACGGCCCCGGGGGGGGGGGGGG